AUGGCUCGCAACGCACUCGCCAAAGAACAGUUCGUCAAGCUCAUCGUCGGCGCUGGACAGGCCAGUCCCAGUCCACCCGUCGGUCCAGCCCUGGGAAGUAAAGGUGUCAAGUCCAUGGAUUUCUGCAAGGUCAUUAUUUCUGUCCGUUAUUUACUCUUGAAGAUACUGACUGGUUUUCAGGAAUUCAACGCUCGCACAGCUCACAUCAACACCGGUGUUCCCAUCCCUGCCCGUGUAACUGUCCGUCCCGACCGGUCCUUCGCCUUCGACCUCCGCACCCCGACUGUCACCUACCUCCUCCUCAACGCCGCAGGUGUCGAGCCCCGGAAGAACCGUGUGCGCGGUGCCAUGAAGCCCGGCCAUGAGUUCUGUGGCACAGUCUCUCUGAAGCACAUCUACGAGAUUGCCAAGAUCAAGCACACCGAGACACGGUUAUCCGGCCUGUCUCUGGAAGGACUCUGCAAGAGUGUCAUGGCCCAGGCCAAGUCCAUUGGAAUCCAGGUUGUCGCGUGA